GUAAAUACUCAUUGGAAAUCCUUUUUUCUCAUUCUCCAUCGGUUUCGUUUUAGUAGAGCUUCUCUCGCUGCCUUUGAUUUGGUACCCAAUAACUCGGUUCCGUUGCCUGCCGAUUUCGAAAACCUCUUUUGAUUCUUCUCUGUUCUUUUGAUUUUAUUUUGGCUGCAGGAGGCUUCUUCUUUCGAUGGCAAAAAGCUCGUUUAAGUUGGAGCAUCCCCUGGAAAGAAGGCAGGUUGAAUCUGCUAGGAUUCGAGAGAAGUAUCCUGACAGAAUUCCGGUGAUCGUGGAAAGGGCUGAAAAGAGUGAUGUGCCAGAAAUUGAUAAGAAAAAAUAUUUAGUUCCUGCUGAUUUAACUGUUGGUCAGUUUGUGUACGUGGUCCGAAAGAGGAUCAAACUCAGCCCCGAGAAGGCCAUCUUCAUUUUUGUGAAGAAUAUUCUGCCUCCUACCGGUGAGAACAUGAACAUAAUUUCUACAUGUUAGGAAUGUGUUCUUAUCAAACCAGCACAAAAUCUGCUAUGAUGUCUGCAAUUUACGAGGAAAAUAAAGACGAAGAUGGUUUCCUUUAUAUGACCUACAGUGGGGAGAACACAUUCGGGGCGUGCUAAAACACAACAAGAUGCAAACGUCUACAGAAAACGGGGAAGGGGAAAGGAUCAUAUCUGCUCUUUUACAUUCUCCUCAUCCCCAUCACUCCACUCUGUUUUAUCCCUUAAAACGCAAUCAUUCUGUAUAGUUUUUUUAAUUUCAAUUAACGAAAACUAUUACCUAUUUGCAUUAUUCAAAAGUCACGCUGUAAAUAAGGGGAAUUUAUAGCAGUUUGUGAUA